GUAUGCACACAACACGAACACUGAUAAGAACAAACGACCAAAGCUUAGCCAUGGCAUCCACCAACUUCAUCGUCGCCACCACCUCGACGGCUCUCUUCUUCUCCCUCCUCCUCCUCGUCGUCCCGAGCUCGAACUGCGCGGACCUCGAGUCCCAUCACCAUCACCAUCACAAAGUCCCGAAGUCCGACGUGGAUCUGCUGGAGUUUCCCCUGAAUCUGGAGUACUUUGAGGCGGAGCUCUUCUUGCAUGCCUCGUUGGGGUAUGGAUUGGACAAGGUGGCCCCGAACUUGACCGCGGGAGGCCCAUCGCCAGUCGGAGCUAAGGCUGCCAAAUUGGGUCCUCUCAUCAAGGAUAUCAUCUUGCAAUUUGCUUACCAAGAAGUUGGUCACUUGAAGGCAAUCAAGAAGACAGUGAAGGGGUUUCCAAGGCCACUGCUGAAUUUGUCUGCGGAUUCAUUUGCCGCAGUGGUGGACAAAGCAUUCGGGCAUGCUUUGAAGCCUCCAUUUGACCCGUAUGCCAAUGAAAUCAACUUCUUGCUUGCCUCCUACCUGGUCCCUUACGUUGGCCUCACAGGCUACGUUGGAGCAAACCCCAAGCUUCAUGGCCCUGUCUCCAAAAGGCUUGUCGCGGGCCUUCUCGGCGUGGAAUCGGGUCAGGACGCGGUGAUCCGAGCCCUUCUGUACGAGCGGGCCCACUUGAAGGUCGAGCCGUACGGGAAAACCGUAGCGGAGUUCACGAACCGGUUCUCGGAGCUGAGGGACAAACUUGGGCACGACGGGCAUAAGGAUGAGGGCCUCGUCGUGCUCCGCCACCAAGGCGCCGAGGGGAAGGUCGAGGGGAACGUGCUCGCGGGCGACAAGUACUCGGUUGCCUACGACCGGACGCCGGAGGAGAUACUGAGGAUCGUGUACGGGAGCGGCGACGCAAGCGUCCCGGGAGGAUUCUAUCCUAAGGGAGGGAAUGGUCACAUUGCUAAGUCUCACCUACACCGGGUGUAGAUGAUUGUGAUAUCAAAUAAAUGAUUUGUGACUUUUUGAUUAUGCUCCCAGACCUUCAAGUAGACUUCUUGUACGGCUCAUGCCGGGAGCCUUCGGCAAAUAUAAAUAAUGAAAUUGAUCUUUCAACUUUCCUCCA